AGCUGAGCACUCGGUCAUGUGCUCUCCCUCAGCUUUAACCUGUGGACCCGCCGAGUCCUGACGGAACUUUCCGAAAGGAGCCGAACUGAACAAGAACCAGGAGGCAGGUUACGCAGCUGGAUUUCUCGCCGUUUUACCCCGCUGACAGGUUAAAGGACCCCGCAGAGAUGACCGCUCUGUCCAGCUGGGAGUUGUGCGUCAAAUACGCGCUUUUUAUCUUCAACUUUGUCUUCUGGCUUGCAGGUACUGGAGUGCUGACUGUGGGACUAUGGCUGCGUUUUGACACCAGGACCAAAGGACUGUUUGAAGGAGAUGAGUCGCCCUCUGUCUUCUUCACUGGCGUAUACCUCCUGAUUGCUGCAGGAGCUCUAAUGAUGGUUGUGGGAUUCCUGGGAUGCUGUGGAGCCAUUAAAGAGUCGCCGUGCAUGCUGGGACUGUUCUUUCUCUUCCUGCUCCUCAUCUUUGCUGCGGAAGUGGCUGCAGGGAUCUGGGGACUCUCCAACAAGGACACGGUGAUAGAGGAGGUUACUGAGUUUUAUAAGCAGACCUUUGACAACUACAAGACCACCAAACAGGAAGCAUUGAAGGAGACCCUCCGCCUCAUCCACUUCGGGCUGGACUGCUGUGGUCCUACAGGAACAGUGUUCGAUGCUGCCAAAGACACCUGUCCGAAGCAGGAAGGACUGGAAAUCCUUGUUUCCACGAGCUGCCCAAAAGUAAUAGAUGAAAUAUUCAACAACAAGCUGCACAUCAUCGGUGGAGUUGGCAUUGGUAUCGGAGUCAUCGUGAUCUUUGGAAUGAUCUUCAGCAUGAUGCUCUGCUGUGCCAUCAAGAGGUCCAGGGACUAUGUGUAAACUAGAAAAAUAUAUAUUUUUUUUGUUUUAUCAAAUGUCCUCACUUUUGUAACCUGCUGCAUUAAGAGUUAAAACAUUUUUAAUACUAGACGUCACAGUCAUUCUUUAAUUUGCUAGUUGGAUUCAUACAGGAUGACCAGAUCAACUUGUGAGUGUAUGGAGCUUCUGCCACAAUGUUUCUUUCAACUCCACAUUGUAGGGAGGUUAUUUUUGUACACAAAAGGCAAAACUUUAUUUAUUUUUUGCUUACCAAAAUCAAAUUGAAAAUUUUAGUUUUAAUGGAGGUAACAUUUAGGACACUGCCUCCCUCUGGUGGACACUUGUCAGUUUCUUCUUUUUAAAUCUUAUGUUAAUAUCACUUCCGUUUUUGUGCUUCAGCCUGGUUUUUGGUGGAUUACUAAAUGUUUUAUUUUGACACGGUCCAUUAGAUUUUUUUUUUUACUAUCAAGAACUGUGGAGUUUUAUGCAAAUAUUAUGAUGAAUGCAGUUCAUGUAUUUAAGAUGCCAAAUAAGGAUCUAAUAAACAUUGAUUUUGUGUUACACAAAA